AUGAAGCAGAGGAAUUUAAAUGAUCACGGAAAAAAGAGAAAUGGGAAAAUUGUCAUCAGAGAACCACCUAUGAUACUGCAGAAGGAAGCUAUUCAAGAAGUACCAAGAAAAGGGAAAGGAAUAGACACAAGGGAACCAAAAGUAGCUCAUAGGGAUGCAGCGGAUCAACAGGGUGCUAACCAGGAUUAUAUUACUAAGAACAAAAAGAAGAGAAAUAGAGCUAAUAAACAAGAACAUAUCAAAGAAGGGGAAGAAGCAAGAGCACAAAUCCAGCAUGGGAAACAACAAGAGGAUGAUCAAUGUCAACACUCACAACACGAGGAAGGUUUAAAGUCAAAUCCAGAGGUAACAACUAACAAUAGAGGGCAAGGGAGAUCUAGUCAUGACAAUGAACCAGUGUCUAAUGAAAGCUCAGAGUCUUCUGAUGAUGAAAAUGAGAAUUCAGAAGAUAAUGACUAUGAAGAUGAGGAGGGCUCAGAUGAAAGUGAGGAAUAUGCAAGUAUGGAUAGUGAGGAGGAGGACAGUGAUGAUAAUGCAAACAGACUGGUGGAAAUAUUUGUAGGGAAUGCAACAAUCACACAUGCUGUGAAUAAUGUAAUCAACUCAGGUCAUUUAUCUCCUCGGACAAAUAUGGGCCAAGAGAAGGCAAGGGAGCAGCCAGAGGAAAAGGGGGCAUAUUCUCUUCUCAAAGGCCUCCCAAGGCCUAAAAAUCCACGUUCUAUCUGA